CACACACAACAUAGAGACAUAGAAAGAGAGUUAGUUAGGCAUGUGUCCUUCUGGGUUUUCAUUAUCUUCCACUGCAGAGGAAGUUACACAAGGGAUUGAUGGGACUGGCCUCACUGCUAUUGUCACAGGAACAACCAAUGGUAUUGGCACUGAAACUGCACGAGUUCUUGCUUUGCGUGGGGUCCAUGUGAUUAUGGGGGUGAGAAAUAUGGUUGCUGCCAAAGAUGUCAAGGAAGCAAUACUUAAGGAGACUCCCAAAGCUAAAGUUGAUGUCAUGGAGUUAGAUCUUAGUUCAAUGGCAUCAGUUCGUAAAUUUGUGUCAGAGUUUAAUUCUUCUGGUCUUCCUUUGAACAUCCUCAUAAACAAUGCAGGAAUUUGUGCAACCCCUUUCACGCUGUCCAGAGACAACAUUGAACUACAAUUUGCCACAAAUCACUUGGGUCAUUUUCUUUUAACAAAUCUUUUAUUGGAUACAAUGAAGAAAACAGAACGUGAAAGCAAGAAAGAAGGGAGAAUUAUUAAUGUCUCCUCUGAGGGUCACCUAUAUUCAUAUCCUGAAGGAAUCCUUUUUGAUAAAAUCAAUGAUGAAUCAAGUUACCAGAAAUGGCGUGCAUAUGGGCAAUCAAAGCUUGCUAACAUUUUACACGCCAAUGAACUUGCAAGAUGUCUUGAGGAAGAUGGGGUAAAUAUUACUGCAAAUUCUCUUCAUCCGGGAGCUAUUAUCACCAAUAUUGUAAAGACUGAUUAUGAUGCAAGUUCUCUUUGUCUACUUGAUGCGAUUGGGAAAAUUGUGAUUAAAAGUGUUGGGCAGGGAGCAGCAACAACAUGCUAUGUAGCAUUGCACCCACAAGUGAAGGGAAUUAGUGGCGAGUAUUUUUCAGAUAAUGAUAUGGCUAAACCAAGCUCACAAGGAACGGACACUGAUUUGGCGAAGAAACUCUGGGAUUUCAGCAUGAAAUUAAUUGAAUAG